CAGCCAUCUAGUGUGCUGCAGUUCAAAGACCCGUUCGUUUUAGAAGAGCUUCUCUGCUGUCAGAAUUCAGUUCUGCUGAACACCUUGUCAACAUGAUGAUCAGAAUUGUGCUUGGAGUCAUUGCAGCGAUUGGAUUCCUCACUCUCAGUGAAGCCCUGACGUGUAAUUCGUGUAAAGUGGGCAUUUUAGGCAAAUGUUUAUUGAGUUCCCAAGUGUCCUGUGCUGCCUCCGAGCUCAACUGCUUCACUGCAAAAGCAGAGUUCAAUGUGACUGGGUUUCUGAGUCUGUCCUCAAGUGGCUGCACAUCUGAUUGCAACAACACCGCCGGGACCGUCAUGGGAGCGGGAUACACCGUGACCAAAACCUGCUGCGCCACAGAUCUGUGCAACGGAGCGAGUGCUGCGCAGCUGUCCAUGGCUGGGGCUCUCAGCGCCGCACUACUGGCCUCUGUCUGCAGUUACAUGCUGUAGAUGUUACACCUCCUUGUCUGCACACUGUUAUGUUCACAAUACCUCCUUUAAUCGGAAUCAGUGAAGAUAUAAUCUAGAAUGCAUAGAUCCCAUAACUUCCUGUAACUUUAAAUGUUUACUCCACUGUGUUUACUUUUCUCAUUGCUAAUAUGCAGUGAUAAUUUUUUAAAAUAAUCAUUUA